CAACCCAUAACCCACCCAAACUUACCCAGGUAGAAAUCUAAUCUCGCCCCUCUCUCCCGAAAACCCUAAAAAUCUCGGCUCCCCUCUCUCUGCGAUUCGUCUCUCCGAGCUUCUACGGCAUUUUCCCGGCGGCGCCUCCGCAGAUCGGCGGCCAAGGGCUGAUCGAGGGUCAAGCGGUCUGGGCUCAGUUUGGCGAUCAAGAGGCGACGAAGACGAAGACGACGAAGCCUCGAUCCCAAUCCCUUUCACGAACUUCGACGGCGGCGACCGGCGACGAAGACGACGAAGCCUUUGACUAAGUCGACGACGAAGACAAUCGGCGGCUUUGGAAAACGAAUUCGGAGCCAAUCAAGAGGCGAAGUAGUUGUGAUUCAUGUAGCAGCGAAGCUUGAUUGCAGCAAGGAAUAUCCGUGCACGGGCCCAACUACAUAAAGGCCCAUAUCCAAAGCAGCCCAUUGAUAAAACCCACUCCCGACUGUCUGCCGCCAGAUAAUUCCCCAAUCUCCUCCUUUUUCCCGCCAUUGUCACGGAUCGCAGCCAUGGCCGCAAUCGGAACCCUAAAGAAGAAGAUCCAGCGGAAGUUCAAGAUCCGGGGCUUCACCCUCAAAACAGAAGCCAUUGACGAGGCCAUCUCCUUCCUCUCUCGUUUCCCCGACGCCGAAGAUGAGGCCCUCGAGCUCCUCAUCGACGAGCUCGACAAAGAAACCCUGAAGUCGUCGAUCUUGGACAGAGAGGCAAUUCAUCGAGUGGUUAGCCUGCUUGUUGAGGCGGAUGAGGCGAUUGAUCCGAGCUCGGAGGGGAUGAGCAAUCGAGUGGCAUUGAGAGUGAUCGAUUCGUUCGUGGUGCCACGGUUUCGAUACGAUCCGAUUAAGAGGGUGUUUUAUGAGCACACAGGAAAUUUGCCAAUCCAUGGGGAAGCUGGUGAUAAAGCUUCCUUGUAUCGGGAUAGGUACCAGCUAUUACUUCAGAGGCUCUCUCGUGAUAAGUACUUCUCUAGACCAGUUUUUGAUACAGAAAUGACUGAAGCUGACAGUUGUGAGAUUACCCCAAUCCAAUCUUUGAUUGGAUGUACUGGAAGGAGAUGGCUCAUGGGCGUAAUAUCUCAACUAGAAGAAGGCCACUUUUACCUGGAAGAUCUAACAGCAGCCGUACCAAUUGACUUAACCAAUGCAAAGAUCACUUCUGGAUUCUUUGUCGAGAACACUGUCAUUGUUGCAGAAGGAGAGCUUCUUUCAAAUGGCAAUUUCCGAGUCAAUACUUGCGGAUUUCCACCUUUGGAGGACAGAGAUGCAUCGAUUUCAUUACUAAUGGGACUUGAUUUCUUUGGUGGUGGAAUAUUGUCAACUGAAGAAACUCUCAGACUCUCAUCAUUAGAAAAGAAGGCAGUGAAUGACAUGUUUGUCAUUCUUUCAGAUGUAUGGGUGGAUAAUAAUGAGAAGACCAUGGAAAAAUUGGCUGUUGUCUUGGAUGGUUAUGAAAGUGUGGAGGUUGUUCCUUCUUUAUUUGUUUUAAUGGGGAAUUUUUGCUCUCAUCCUUGCAACCUUUCUUUCCACUCAUUUUCAAGUCUCAGGAUGCAAUUUGGAAAGCUAGGGGAAAUGAUCAAAUCUCACCCAAGAAUCAAAGAGCACAGUCGAUUUUUGUUCAUCCCAGGUCCUGAUGAUGCAGGACCUUCAAAAGCUCUUCCAAGGUGUGCUUUACCAAAAUAUCUAACUGACGAACUCCAGAAGAACGUUCCAAAUGCUAUUUUCUCCAGCAAUCCUUGCAGAGUAAAGUUCUACACCCAGGAAAUUGUAUUUUUCCGUCAGGAUCUGCUCUACAGAAUGAGACGAUCUUCUCUAAUUCCUCCCUCAACUGAAGAUACAAGCGAUCCUUUUGAACAUCUUGUAGCAACCAUCACUCAUCAGAGUCAUCUUUGCCCCUUACCUCUCACUAUACAACCAAUAAUCUGGAACUAUGACCACUGCCUCCGUCUAUACCCUACUCCACACACGAUAGUGUUGGGAGAUCAAAGUGAACCAAAAGACUAUAAAUAUACCGGAAUAACAUGUUUCAAUCCUGGAUCAUUCGCUCAUGAUAGCACAUUUGCAGCAUAUCGCCCUUGUACUCAAGAAGUCGAGCUUUCUGCCCUAUAGGAGAAUGACUAAAGCUGCAAUAUUAUGACCAUUAUUGAUUAUAGCAUCUCAUAACUCUGAUUUGUAAUGAGGGAUUCAUGGGGGAAUUCAGAAGUUGUACUAGCUAAUUAUGUGAUAGAGGAUGAUUAUUGUGUCAAUUGUAUCAUUUGUGUAACUUGACAUACUAACCGCUGCAUUUUUAAAUAGAAUAUCUAUGAAGCAUUCUUUUCUAAUUCA